AUGUACCCUGGAAACUCUCCUGCCGUUCUGCGUUUGUAUCAGAUACAAACUGCUGUGACAGACGAGAUGUUGACCAAUGUCAAGAAAAGAACGAAUAGACGCGAUACGUCACAGCCACGUGAACAGAAUAACGGUCUGUCCGACUCACAUCCCUUUCGCCGCCGCCAUUCCCAAUCCGGUCUACAUGAUAUCGUGUCUUGCUCUUUGGACCCCAACUACAAUGGCAUCUUCGUUCUCGACUGGCAGCAAUUGACAUGCUUCAAGAGGCCAUUGACUAUGUUCCCACCUCCAAUUGAAUCGUGCAGUAGGCAGUUCGACAUGUACAUCGAUACUGCGUCUGACGUUCCAGGGUGCAUCCGCAGCCAUGCUAUGUUAUUCUCAUUCUCAGGUUCGAAACCGGUCUCUAUACUCGGCAACAAGCAUACUACAUGUCGUAUUUUCCCACUAUCUCUUAUUCAAACAGAGAGCUCACGGAGAUAUCAAUCGCGUUCCUCGCGGAGAGUAUCCUCUCCCUGUCCGCAGUGCUCGUUUUACAUCCGACCAUGCCAAUUCCCACCGCCAUUGGCACCAUUAUGGUUAAUGACGAGCACUGAGGGUGGCAUCCCUCAUGAAUGCAGAUAA